ACGUUCUUACUGUAGAUACCCGGUGCGGCAGCCUUCGCAUCCACGGGGCGGCUCUCUGGCUUUGCUCGGCUCCGGCAUCCUCCGGGUUCUGCGGGCUACAGGCUCUCCUGCCAUCUCUUCGUCGCUGCUCAAAGCUGCUGCCGGUUUUGGGAGUAAGAGGAGGCUUUAAAAUGGAGCAUUUUGAUGCAUCACUUAGUACCUAUUUCAAGGCAUUGCUAGGUCCCAGAGAUACCAGAGUAAAAGGAUGGUUUCUUCUGGACAAUUAUAUCCCUACAUUUAUCUGCUCUAUUAUAUACUUGCUAAUUGUAUGGCUUGGACCAAAAUAUAUGAAGAAUAGAGCAGCAUUCUCUUGCCGGAAAAUUUUAGUAGUGUACAACGUUGGACUCACAUUGUUGUCUCUCUAUAUGUUUUGUGAGUUAGUGACAGGAGUAUGGGAAGGCAGAUACAACUUCUUCUGCCAGGGCACACGCAGUGCGGGAGAAUCUGAUAUGAAGAUUAUCCGAGUUCUCUGGUGGUACUACUUCUCCAAACUUAUAGAAUUCAUGGACACCUUUUUCUUCAUCUUGCGCAAGAACAACCACCAGAUCACUGUCCUGCAUGUCUACCACCAUGCCUCCAUGCUGAACAUCUGGUGGUUUGUGAUGAACUGGGUCCCCUGCGGCCACUCUUAUUUUGGUGCCACACUUAACAGCUUCAUCCAUGUCCUCAUGUACUCAUACUAUGGCCUGUCAUCUAUCCCUUCCAUGCGACCAUACCUGUGGUGGAAGAAGUACAUCACUCAGGGCCAGCUGAUUCAGUUUGUACUGACAAUCAUCCAGACCAGCUGUGGAGUUAUCUGGCCGUGUUCAUUCCCUCUUGGUUGGCUGUACUUCCAGAUUGGCUACAUGAUUUCUCUGAUUACGCUCUUCACAAACUUCUACAUUCAGACUUAUAAGAAGGGGGCCUCCCGGAGGAAAGAGCACCUGAAAGACCACCAGAAUGGGUCUGUAACUGCUGUGAAUGGACACACCAACAGAUUUUCCACCCUGGAAAAUAAUGUGAAGCUGAGGAAACAACGGAAGGACUGAAGUGGAAGAGCUGAAAACCUCCAAAUCAUGUUGUCGUCUGAUUGUAAGCACAAUAGGAUUUGUGCCCGAUGCUCGUUAACAGCUGCUGUAACUAGUUCGGCCUACAAAUAGUGAGAUUUGUGUAGGACCUCUUUAUCAUCAGUUCAAAACCCCUAGAAAAUGUAUACAGAUUAUACAAGUAGGCAUAAGAUUUUUAACAUUUCUGGGCUCUCAUUGACCCUUGCGCUAGACUGUGGAGGGAGUAUUAUUGUAGUAUAUAACACUGCUGUUGCCUUAUUAGUUAUAACACGAUAGGUGCUGAAUUGUGAUCCACAAUUUAAAAACACUGUAAUCCAAACUUUUUUUUUUACUGUAGAUCAUGCAUGUGAUUGUAAAUUUGUAUAAAGUUGUUAUAGUAAACACACAUGCCUUAAAGUUGAAAAGCAGGGCCCAAAGCUUGUUAGCUUAAAUUAGAGUGUAUUUUGAUUUUUUUAAAUUCAUUUUAAUAGCUAUGUUUAGAAACAAAAUUAAAGACCAUGAUUUAUAAAGCUAGCUAGCGUGUGACACAUAAUUUUAAGUGACCUCUAUGUGUAAAAUAAAAAAAAAAAUGGCACCUUCGGUUUUAUAAUAUUGGCUUUAGAGCAGGCAAACUCAAUCCAGUGGGACAGAUGGUUUAGCUUUUUAACAGAUCUUAUUUUUUUAUUUUGAGUACUACUUUUAAUGUAAGAAAAAAGUAUACGGAGGCUCUUCACCAGUUGAAGAAAUUUAAAUAUAGAUUCCUUGUCUUCAAGAUUUUAGGGAGUAUGUAGGAUUGGUAUUUUUAAUUUCUGAUGUGCUUAGUGUUUUUAUACAGGAAACAAAGCCCAUUGUGUUUUCCACUCUUGAGAGAAUGGACAUACACUUACUUUUUAAAGACAGAUGGUUGAAUAUUUACUAUUUGACAGAGUCUCAUAGAUAAAUAAUGGGGAGCUGGUUGCCAGGGUCCAAAUUUGGAUUGGUUUCAAAUGUGCCUAGCUUAACAAAAUUGUUAAGGGGGAAAUAAGAUGAAUGUUAGAAGUCAAAAUAAAAUUAAACACCUACAGCGUAAGUGAACUUGGAAAUUGGAUAAGAUAGUGUCAUGUAAAUAUGAUCAUACGAGUAACUUUUUUUCCCUGCUUUUAAUUUAAAGAUUUGUUUAGAAUCCCUUGUUUAAAACUAAUAGACUGGUUUAACAUAACAUCAUGCCACAUUUUUAAGGCCAUGGUCAAAUAGAUAACUAUUGUAUUUGUCAUUCUAAAGUGUUGGAAUUCAGCUUCUCCAUUGGUGAGGGAAGAGGUUAUAUUCAGUGAAUCACUCAUGACACAUUUAGAAGGUCACUGACAGUGUGUAAAUUGUUGGUUUGAUAUUUAUGUAAAGAUCAUGCUUUAAUUUUGCACAUUCAUCUUAUAGGGAGCCAAUUGGCUCUUAUUUUUUCUUGUGGGUGGGUUUUCUGUUGGAAGGAGUCACAGCAUCUGUUUACAUUUAUUUACCUUAUCAGAUCUAGAAUGUGUAUAUUUGUAAAUGUCUCUGUAGGUACUAGUUUGCAAACAUCUUUACAUAUUUCAGUACAGAAACUAUAACAUUCAGUAGUGUGCUGUCAACAUGUGCUUUAGCUCAUCUGGGUAUAUCCACACUAAUAAAUAAUGUCUAAACAUUAAUCAUUAAAACAAUUUUGAUUA